UUUCAGAUUGAUUUAGAGUCGAAUGAAUUCUAUGUUAAUCAAUUUAUCAUGUAAAACAGGUCAAUUCCAUGAAAAUUUAAUUUCGGGUAGAGUCAGUUCAUUUUUUCUUAGAUUAUUUCAAAUACAAUUCGGAUAUGAAUUGAUUCGUCGAAUCAAGUCGUAUUGUCAAAUCUAAUCUGCUUAGACUCUUAGAGCAUGGAGUUUGGGCUUGAGAACUACUAAUGGAUCAAAUUGUCAAACCCCCACAAUAAGCUAUCCAAAAAGCAAAAAUUAAAAUAAAAAAAAAAAAAGAAAAAAAGGUUAGUAAAACUGUCAUCUACAUUCUUCAAUUAUCAAUUCUUCAGGUAGCUGUAUUUCUAGGGUUUUUCUAGACACCAAAAAUUCCCUGCAAUUUCAUCAAAUUAAUCAAUUCUCCCUCAAUUUUCGUCAAUGGAUCGCCGUUCGAACUACCCUUCUCGCCGAUCAAAACCCCAGAAAAGCUACGCCGAAGAAGAAGAUGAUGACGAUGAAAACGACGUCGUUCUUGGAGCAAUCGACGAUUCCGAUGAAGAAGAAGAUGACGACAUCAAUGACGAAGACUUCAACGGUCCCGGGCGCCGCCGCACAUCCACUCGACAUCGCCAAAAGCAGAGAAAGCUCUCUACUUGGAAUUACCAUUCUACCCCUAAUUCUAAAUCCUCCGGCAUGGUUUCCGAUUGGUCGGAGCAGGGUACUUUCGCCCUUUUGGAAAUCUGGGGUGAGAGGUUUCUUCAAUUGGGUAGGAGUAGUUUGAGGAGUGAGGACUGGAACGACGUCGCUGAGCGAGUUUCGGAGGCGACGCGGUCGAAACGCAGCGUUUCGGAUUGUAGAAGUAGGUUAAAUGCAUUGAAGAUGAAGUAUAAGAGGGAGAAAGCUAAAGUGAUUAGCUUAGGAGGUGGGAGUAGCAAAUGGGUGUUCUUCAAGAAAAUGGAUGUUUUGAUGACAAUGUCACCAAGGCAAUUGCAACAGCAAGAGCAAUGUGGGUUAGCUUGUGGGGUUGAUUCGGGCGAGUUCGUGUUUAUGAACCCGAGAGUUUACUUGGAUCAUUCUAAUGCGUCUGAUGAGAUGAGGGAUAGUCCAGGGAAUUCGGAGUCCGAGUGUGGGGAAGAUGAUGAUGAGGAGGAAGAUGAGGAUGAGGAAGCGGCGGAGGAGUCAUAUAGGAUGUUAUCGGAGUCGAUUAAGAGGGUUGGGGAGAUAUAUGAGAAGAUGGAGGAUAGUAAGAAACAACAUAUGGAGGAAUUGGAUAGGAUGAGGGAGGAAUUUCAGAGAGAAUUGGAAUUGCAAAAGAAGGAGAUGCUUGAUCGAACAAAGGUUGAGAUUGCGAAAUUAGGACAAAAGGAUGAUCAGGAACAGGACAGUGAUUGCUCUGUUGAGAAUGUGUGAGAGAUGAAGUGGAUGCGAACGGAAGGGCAAAUAUGAUGAGGACUGCUGUAUGUUUUUCGAUGGGCUGGCUUGAUAGGUGCCUUCUGUGUGCAGAAAUGUCUAAAUGUGCAAAGCCUCAGGGAUGUUUCUGUUUGUAUCUCUAACAUGCUUUUUGAUUGUCCCUUUAGCUUUUGAUCUAUGUUUUGCUUUGGUAUCAACUGGCAAAGCAUUAAUUUAACAGAAAUGUACUGUUAUUAGCAAAAUUACAGCAAUAGAAGAACUUUCUUCAGCA